GAUCAGUUAAUUAAUUAAUUACUUAAUUAAGUUGAGGUCUUUCUAGAAUCUUGUUCGAUCGUUGAAAACCAAACACAAUGCAGAUCCCGUCACUGUCCUCUCGUGGAUCUCAUCAUACGCUUUCAAGUUACUACCUAUAAACUCCAAACCCAUUGGAUUGGAUUAUACAAGUUUGAAGUGAUGGAGGAUGUUCGGGAUCAGGAGCAGGCUGAGGCUGAGCAGCAAAGUCAACCACUUGGUCAAGAUGGUGAAAGUGAAAUAGUAACCGAAGGUGCUACCUUUGUGCAUGGGGAACCUUCUCAAGAUGCUAAUGGCCCCCCAAAAGUUGAUUCUAAGGUGGAAAUCCUUCACGAGAAAGUCACAAAGCAAAUCAUUAAGGAAGGUCAUGGUCAAAUACCUUCCAAGUAUUCAACAUGCUUCUUGCACUACAGGGCAUGGACUGAAAGAACAGGACACAAGUUCGAAGAUACAAGGGAUGAACAACGACCACUUGAAAUGAUUUUAGGAAAAGAGAAAAAAGAAAUGACUGGCUUGGCUAUUGGGGUGUCCAGCAUGAAGUCUGGAGAGCGUGCCCUAUUACAUGUGGGCUGGGAGUUAGGGUAUGGGAAAGAAGGGAGCUUUUCUUUUCCGAAUGUACCACCAUUGGCAGAUAUAUCAUAUGAAGUUGAGCUUAUUGGAUUUGAUGAAACCAAAGAAGGGAAAGCUCGUGGUGACAUGACUGUGGAGGAAAGGAUUGGAGCAGCAGAUAGAAGAAAAAUGGAUGGAAAUGCUUUAUUUAAAGAGGAAAAACUGGAGGAGGCAAUGCAACAGUAUGAAAUGGCUAUAGCAUAUAUGGGUGACGACUUCAUGUUCCAGUUGUUUGGGAAGUACAGGGACAUGGCUUUGGCUGUUAAAAAUCCAUGCCACCUUAACAUGGCUGCGUCUUUUAUAAAGCUCAAGCGCUAUGAAGAUGCCAUUGGACAGUGCAGUAUUGUACUGGCAGAGGAUGAAAACAACGUCAAAGCGCUAUUUAGGCGAGGAAAAGCGAGAGCAGAGCUUGGGCAGACAGAUGCUGCGCGGGAAGACUUUCUAAAGGCGCGCAAGUUUGCACCUCAAGACAAAGCUAUUGCAAGAGAGUUACGUCUGCUUGCUGAACACGACAAGGCUGUUUAUCAGAAACAAAAAGAAAUCUACAAGGGAAUUUUUGGACCAACCCCAGAGCCAAAACCCAAACGGAAUAAUCGGUUGAUCAUCUUUUGGCACUGGCUAUUGUCAUUGUUCUAUCGUCUCUUCAGGCGCGAAAGGCACAAGGCUGAGUAGCCAAAGAUCUUAAGCUCUUGAAUUGUAUGACAAACGAGGAAAUUCAUGUACUGAACCUAUUCUAGUAAACAGGGCUUAUGAAUUCUGACCCUAAGGUUUGUUCGUUUACGUUGCGGGAGGGAGUUUAGAUGCCAACGUUUUUAGUCAGGAGCGAAGAUGUAUUCAUCAAAUUGAACUGUUCUAAACUAUUCGACAUAAGUUUGUUUACUGA